UGCUCGGACCCCAUAAAGGCUAGGGUUCAGGGGAGGGCGACAAAAGACCAGGACUAAGGGUUUUAGAGAGAGAGAGGGAACGAAGAAGCAAUGAGCAGAAGCUUAGGCAUACCGGUGAAGCUUCUUCACGAGGCGUCGGGCCACGUGGUGACGGUGGAGCUGAAGAGUGGAGAACUCUACAGAGGAACAAUGGUCGAAUGCGAGGACAACUGGAAUUGCCAGCUCGAGAAUAUCACCUUCACCGCUAAGGAUGGGAAGGUCUCACAACUUGAGCAUGUUUUUAUUAGAGGCAGCAAAGUCAGGUUUAUGGUGAUCCCAGAUAUGCUUAAGAACGCUCCUAUGUUCAAGCGCUUGGAGUCUAGAAUCAAGGGUAAGGGUUCGGCAAUUGGUGUCGGCCGGGGCCGUGCUGUAGCAAUGCGGGCUAGAGCUCAGGCUGCUGGUCGUGGAGCUGGGCCUGGCAGGGGUGUUGUGCCAUCAAUAAGGAGAUAAAUCUGUCGUUUCGCCUCACUGUUUUCUAUACUCAAAUUAGGAUGGUCCCUGUGACCAUGUCCUGUGUGCUGUCUUUGUCUUAAACCUCUAUUUGUAGCAUACAAGUUUGGCGUGAAACGAUUGCCUUCUAAUUUUUGGAGCUCUCAACGUGUGUGGGUUUGGGAGGAUUUUUAUUAUUGCCAAAUUCUCUUGGUUGCA